ACCGUCGUUUUCCCUCGCUUUCUCCUUUCACAAUUUUCUCGAGAAAAAGGAAUCACACUGGCCAAAUGCACUGUUUUUCCUCAUUCAAAUUAAAGUAAGAGCUUAAUUUCCCUAGAUGGAGAGUUGCUAUCGAUAUUCAGUGGCCGUUUUCUCUUGGCUAUGUGUUUUCUCGAUCCUCGUGGUUUUCUUUAUCUCUGCUCAAUUCAACUCCUUCGUGAGCUUCUCUGCUUCGAAGCUUGAAUCACCAGAACCGAAACUUGAGUUGCAGAAAAUCGUUUCUACUCCUGGUCAAAUCAGAGCCGUUAGUUUCAGCGAAUCAACUGAUCAUCAGCACAUCAACCGACCUAGAAACACCACCGUCAUAUUCCAGAGAAAAAGGAAGAAACCGAGUAGAGAACAAGUGUUAGAGCAAGGACUAGCUAGAGCUCGAGCUUCGAUUCGCUCUGCGGCUACAGCUCGAAACGUCACGGUAACUUUCGAGAACGACGAUGACGUUCCCGUCGGCGAUGUCUAUCGUAACCCAAGCGCGUUUUAUGAUAGCUAUGUGGAGAUGGAGAGGAGAUUCAAAGUCUACGUGUACACAGAAGGGGAACUGCCGAUAGUCCACGAUGGGCCAUGCAAGGAAAUAUACACGAUAGAAGGAAGAUUCAUACACGAGAUGGAGCACGGGGCUAAGAGGUUCCGGACAAACGAUCCUGGACAUGCUCACGUUUACUUCAUGCCCUUCAGCGUGACCUGGAUGGUCAAGUAUAUUUACAAGCCGCUGAGUUACAACGUUAGUCCUCUUAAGCAAUUUGUUUCUGAUUACGUCAAAGUGGUAUCCACCAAGUACCCAUUUUGGAAUCGAACUCAUGGCGCUGAUCACUUCAUGCUUGCCUGUCAUGAUUGGGGCCCUCAUGCUUCACAAGGCAACUCACACCUCUACACAAAUUCCAUUCGGGUCUUGUGCAAUGCCAACACGUCCGAAGGCUUCAACCCACAAAAGGACGUAAGCCUUCCCGAAAUCCACCUAAACGGUGGCUUCUUAUCCCCCAAACUCCUCCACCCACCUCUCCCCAACGCUUCUCGACCCCAUCUCUCUUUCUUCGCAGGCGGACUUCACGGCCCAAUCCGCCCAUUCCUCCUCCAACAUUGGAAAGGCCGCGACGAUGAGAUGCAGGUUUUCGAAUACCUCCCGAAAGACAAAGACUAUUACUCAUACAUGCUCCAAUCCAAGUUUUGCUUAUGUCCAAGCGGGUAUGAAGUUGCCAGCCCGAGGAUCGUCGAGGCUAUAUACUCCGAAUGCGUACCGGUGAUCCUGUCGGAGCACUAUGUUUUGCCGUUCAGCGAUGUGUUGCGGUGGGAGGCUUUCUCGGUACAGGUGGAGACGACGGUGAUUCCCAGAUUGAAGGAGAUUUUGUUGGGAAUUCCAGAAGAGAAAUAUCGGAAACUUCAGGAAGGUGUGAGGGCUGUGCGGAGACAUUUCAUGUUGAACCAACCUUCCAAGAGAUUUGAUAUGUUCCACAUGAUACUGCAUUCUAUAUGGCUUAGGAGAAUUAAUGCAAGACUAGGAUAGAUCUCAUGGUUAUUUUCAUAAUAUUAUAUACGUUAAAAUCCAACAAAAAAAAAGAAAAACAUGUUCAUAUGGUUUGUUAUAGGAAGAAAAUAUACGAGAUUAAUUAUGUUUUGUCUUUUUUUGGGUCCUCUAACCUCG